UCUUAUCGUCUCAUUUCUGUCUGUCACUUUCUGUAUUUGUCUUGUGCUUCAGCUGUCUUGUUCACUUUCUUGUUUUUUCAGUGUUUGACUUUUUUUAUUCCUCUUAAAAGGUAUUUUUUCCUCUGUGGGUUUUGCGGCUGGACCGUGUGGUCGUGUCUCUCCUUUGCCUCUGGUUUCCGUUGACAACACUUUUUCCUGCUGCUGCUCCACCUGCUGCUCUGCUACACCUUAUUACAACAUCCCUUCAUCCUCUUCCACUCAAGCUCGUCCCCUCUCUGAGUAGCUCUGCACCUCUGCAUAAUGGGAAAGACAGAGCUGUAUUCUCUGUAUAAGGGUUUUUUGGACUGUAUUUGCCUCUGCCUCUCUCGGAGCAGCGGUGAGGCUGCAGACGACAACGAGAGGGACACCGAGAACGGUCACCUGAUCUACCAAAAGGGGGACGUCCUCGAAGACAGGUAUGAGAUCGUCGACACUUUAGGUGAGGGGACUUUUGGGAAGGUGGUACAAUGUUUGGACCACGGCAGAGGAAGACGUCAAAUUGCUCUGAAGAUCAUUAAGAACCUGGAGAAAUACAGGGAAGCAGCCAAACUGGAAAUCAAUGUGCUGGAGAAGAUCAGUGAGAAAGACUCACACAACAAGCAGCACUGUGUAAAGAUGCUGGACUGGUUUAACUACUACGGCCAUGUGUGCAUCUCAUUCGAGUUGCUGUCUCUCAGCACCUUUGACUUCUUGAAAGCAAACAACUUCCUGCCUUAUCCCAUUAUCCAGAUCCGACACAUGGCCCACCAGAUCUGCCAUGCUGUCAGCUUUCUCCAUGACAACAAGCUGACUCACACCGACCUGAAGCCUGAGAACAUCCUCUUUGUCAACUCAGACUACUCCCUCAUAUACAACGCAGAGAAGAAGUGCAAUGAGCGGAGAAUGAACGACACAACAGUGCAACUUGUUGACUUUGGCAGUGCCACCUUUGACCAUGAACACCACUCAGCCGUCAUCUCUACACGUCACUACCGAGCACCAGAGGUCAUUCUGGAGCUCGGUUGGAGUCACCCUUGUGAUGUCUGGAGUAUCGGCUGCAUCCUGUUUGAAUACUACGAAGGCUUCACACUGUUCCAGACUCAUGACAAUAAGGAGCAUCUUGCUAUGAUGGAGAGAAUACAGGGACCAAUUCCUCAGAGAAUGAUCCAAAGGAGCAGGAAGAACAAGUAUUUCCACCGUGGGCGUCUAGACUGGAACGAGUGCUCCAAGGCCGGACGCUACGUAAAAGCCAAAUGCAAACCACUAAGGAAGCACUUGUUGUCACAUGGGACAGAACACCACCAGUUUUUCGAUCUCCUGGAGAGGAUGCUGGAGUACGAGCCUUCAAAACGCAUUUCUCUUUCCUCUGCGCUGCGCCACCCUUUCUUCCUGCCCCUUGUGCAGCCAGGAAGGAGUCAAGUCUGGAGGAACAGCUGUGAUAUGAGCAGAUGACCCCGAAUGGUCACGUAACCCUUGUGAGGACCACACCACUGCAGUUGCAGGUUUUAGCUCCCAGUUUUCCAAUCAUGCGUACUUUACAUUACAUUUCAACAGUGUCAUCACGCAAUGAGCCGUACAGGAACACUCCCCUCCUUCCUGAUGGAGUCUAGACCCCGGUGGUGGAGAACAAUAGCUGAACUUUAGGAUGGAUGUGAUCUGAAUCGGGAUUCCUGAUGAGCUCAGUGGAAGGAUCCAUUUGGUCGGACACUGAAAUGACAGAUGAGAGCUGCAGCGUAAUGAACAGAUUUAAAAAAUUUUGACAUCAAUUACAUAAUUGUCUCACAAAGGUCAUGGCAAAAUCUGAUUGGUAAGGCUGAUCAGGGAUUGCCAUCAGUCAGCUGAUCAAAUUAGGAGCAGGAAGUGGAAAAAAAAAUCUAAUACGAAUAAGGCAAGGCAGUUUCAAUUAUAUGGCACAGGUCAUUACAUUUAAGGUCAAUGUGAUUUACUGUGUGAAGCAUGAAAGCUAGUCUUUAUGACCGCACCUUCAUGAAGCCUCUUUAACAUUUACAUUCAUUUAAUUAACACUUUUGUCCAAAGUGCCGUACAAAACAUUUUGCUGACCAUGUUCAAAUGAAUACUGUACUAUUUCUGAUUUUUUUAAAUGUUAAAACUAUUUAUUUUCGUGUCGCAUGAAAAUCCUUUAGCAGACAGAAAAAAACAUUAAUGCAUACUUGACUUUCACUGAGUAGAGUAAGCGAGUUUCACCUGUGUGCUCAUAGAGUUUUGUGUCAAACAGAAAUGAUUGGAAACUAAUGGAUGCCUGGUUAGCCGGCAAUGUAAAUAUACGUGAUGCAAUACAGGGAAUUGUCUUUUGAAGACUCAUCCUCACAAGUAAAUCGAGGCGGCUUCAAAAUGCUAAAAAAAAAAAAAAAAUGUAAAAUAUACAUUCAUCUUGUAUCUCUAAAAUUUAGAGGAUAUACAGUAGAUACAAAAUCUUAAAAAGUAUCUUUCCAGUCACUUUAUAACAACAUGUUUUUUGUAAUACAUUUUGUAUAGAAUGAUUUCUUUAGUCACAUAAUAAAUUCAGCUCUUCUGUU